AUGGCUCUAGCAUUAGUGGUUAUAAAUAAAAUGCAAAAGCCAACAAUCGCCUACUGGGGUGUCAGAAGCUUGGCUGAGCCGAUACGAAUGCUGCUUCACCAUCUUGAAGUGGACUUCGAAGACAAGUAUUAUGUGUUUGGAGAAGAAGAAUGGCCUCAAGACAAAGAACGUCUUGGUCUUGAUUUCCCUAAUCUUCCUUAUUACAUUGAUGAUCAAGUCAAAUUGACAGAAAGCUAUGCGAUCUUUUUAUACAUAGCUUUAAAAUACAAUCCAAACUACCUUGGACUAACAUGCAUGAUCUAGGCACCACCUGCACUCUAGGCAUCAAUCAAGGCUUGCCUAGAAGAGCUAACGGCUCGGCUUACGGGUCAUCCGAUAGAUCGGUUUUUUUUUUCCUCCAGAGCAAGGUCGGCAAGAUAACUGAGGAUGAAGAAAGCAAAAGAACUUAAGGCUCAUGCUGAUAUGCCAGGAACUUAUCAAGCAUUAGCUUAACCUAAGCUAACCUUGGACGAACCACUAUUGAGCAAGCCCAUGUGAAUAUGGUUUAUGGCGUCUUAAAAGAUAUUUUUAUGCCAUUUGCAUUGGCUGGCUAUGAGCCAGACGCAUCAACCAGAAUGCCAAUGACUCUUGAUAGCAAGAGAGCUGCCCUAGAAAAGGUCUCCAGCUACCUUGAAGGAAAAAGAUUUUUCAAUGGCGAUCAACCUACCUAUGUAGAUUUUUAUGCUCACGAACUCAUCGAAAGAAUUGAAGCUUAUAGCCCAGACUAUUUGGCAGCUAUAUCUCCUAACUUUGCAGCUUUUAAAACUCAUUUCAGAGAACUAGCCCAUAUGGAUGAAUUUCUUUCAAGACUUAGAUUGAAAUUCAAUCUUAGUAGAGCUCAUUGGGGAAAUUAA